AUGGCCGCUGAAGAAACACCAGCUGAGAUAGAAGCAAGGCUUCGUGUUGAAAUGGAAGCGAGGCUUCGUGCUGAGAUCACUGCUCAAGUUGCUGCCCAGAAUGAAAGAGAUAGGCAACUUCGAGAAGAGCAGGAGGCUCAAAGGGACACUGCUGAAGAAUGGCUGAGAACACAACCAUUGAGGAGUAUUACUUCUUGGGAUGAUUUAGCUGAGAAGUUCACAACUAAGUUCUUCCCCUACAACCGCAUAAGGAAGUUGAAGCAAGAGAUCAAUUCCUUCAUCCAGCUGGACUCUGAGAAUCUCUAUGAGACAUGGGAGAGGUUCAAAAGACUCUUGAUGAAAUGCCCAGGCCACAACAUCUCCACUGCUGACCAAGUGGAGAAGUUCUAUGCAGCUCUCAAUGACUACACCAGAGACAAGUUGGACACAGCUGCAAGCGGAGCCUUUGAUGCUCUACCAACCCAACCAGCACUUGACAUCAUUAACAAUUUGGCUGCUAGAGCUGCACACUCAAACAAUGACAGACAAAACCGGAAGGGAGUUUAUGAGGUUGAGACUCUUGAUGCAGUUCUUGCAUCCAACAAAAAGCUUGCACAAAAAGUAGAUGCCAUGGUAAAGAGACUCGAAGGUGGGCAAAGAAGUGCUGAGGAUGCUGAAUUUGAUGAAGAGGUGAAGGCCAUGGGGAAUUAUCAAAAUGAUCCCUACUCCAACACUUAUAAUCCAGGUUGGAGAAAUCAUCCCAACUUCUCCUGGAGGGACCAGAACAACUUAGGAGAAGCUAGUGGUUCAAAGCAAUUUCCAAAUCAGAGGCAAUACCAGCUGAAUCAAAGGCCUCCACCACCUCAAAAUCAGGGGAAUGGUAAGAAGAGUUUGGAGGAGAUUGUAACUGAUUUGGCACUUACUAAUCAGAGUUUCAUGAAUGAGACCAGGGGUUUCAUGAAUGAAACUAGAACUAGCUUCAAGAAUCAUGAGUCCUCCAUAAAAAAUUUGGAGACUCAAGUUGGCCAAAUUGCCAAGGCCAUUGCUGAAAGGUUCCCAGGUACGUUCCCCAGUGACACUCUCAUUAAUCCUAAGGACUCCAAAUCUGAAAAUUGUUCUGCUGUCGCUCUUAGGAGUGGCAAAACUUUGAAUGAAAUUGAGGAGUUAGUUGAAAAGAAGAGUGUUGAACUUGAGAAAGUGGUUGAGAAAGAAAAAGAGGGAACAAAAAGUGAGGAAGCUGUAAAAAACAAAGAGAGUAAGGAUUCUUUUCCUGAGAAAAUAACUUGCAAGGUACCAUUUCCUAAGGCUUUAGUGAAGAAAAAUCUGGAGAAACAAUUUUCGAAGUUCUUAGAAAUUUUUAAAAAGUUGCAAAUCAAUAUUCCUUUUUCUGAAGCCUUAGAGCAAAUGCCAACCUAUGCAAAGUUCAUGAAGGAUAUUGUAUCUGGGAGGAAGAGAUUGAGUGAGGUGAAUGAAACAAUUAUGAUGACAGAGGAGUGUAGUGCAAUUGUCCAGAGAAAACUCCCCCAAAAGUUGAAAGAUCCUGGGAGUUUUACCAUUCCUGUUGACAUUGAAGGUUUGCCUGGGGCUAAGGCCUUAUGUGAUUUGGGGGCUAGCAUCAAUCUGAUGCCGCUCUCCAUGAUUAAAAAGUUGAAUAUGGGUGAGGCCACUCCUACCUUGAUGUCUUUGCAAUUGGCGGACAGGUCCAUUAAGCACCCAUAUGGGGUUGCUGAAGAUGUUUUGGUAAGGGUGGACAAAUUUAUCUUUCCUGUUGAUUUUGUGAUUCUGGACAUUGAAGAGGACUCUAGAGUUCCUCUAAUUUUGGGGAGACCUUUCUUGGCAACUGGUAAUGCAAAAAUCAAUGUUGCCAAGGGUCUUUUGUCCUUGAAAGUUGGUGAUGAAAAGGUAAAGUUUUCUGUUUUUAGAACAUUGAAGCAUCCUAACUGUGAGGAUGUGUUUAGCUGUGAAGUGAUUGAUGAAUCUGUUUGUGAAGAGUUUGCUAAGAUUUCAGGAAAGACGACCUCAGAAGUAAAAAAGGACUACUAUGAGAUGAACCCAACUCGCAUAAAGCUUGUAGGCGAGCACCAAUAUGGAGGUUCAGCCACAGAGAAUUUUCAUGCUCAUAUGGUGCGGUUUCAUCAGUUCAGUAGCACGGUAAGGAUAAAAGAUGUAUCCGAUGAUGCCUUUAGGCUGAGGUUGUUCCCAUACUCCUUGAAGGGUGAAGCUAAGGUUUGGUUUCAAUCUCAACCUCAAGGAAGUAUUGUUACUUGGGAGGACCUUGUGGAAAAGUUUGGUGCAAAAUUCCUACCUUGCUCAUGCAAAAGUUUGAGAAAGUGUGAUUCUAAUCCUUCUUAG